AUGUCCACAUUCGACCACUGUCGUGGUCGUGGUUGCGAUGCGAGAUGGUCAUCCAUCAAGCAGCGAAUACUCCCUUCUCUCACAACAGAUUUCCUUCGGCGUUCACAGGUUAAGAAACCACCACACCUACAUCUGCACCUGCAGGAACAGCGAGGCAGUAGUACUUUCACUUUUUCUAAAUCAGCUCAGUGCAAGGAUGCGGAAAGAAUGCUACCAUUGACAAUGUCACCUUUCCCUUUCACCCCUACCACUAAUCAGGCAUCUGCUGAGAAAAGAACAAUAAUGGUUAUUGUGGGAGUUCCCGGAUCUCCUUGUCAUGUAACAGCAACGGAUACCGAACAUACGAUGAUAUAA